UGUGGUUGCGUACAUGCAUGGGGUUGUGUGUGUGUGUUCACAUUGGCAACUGCUUGAUUCCUCUAACUGAUCAGAUGCUUCACAGGGAUGUUACCAGCAACCCGUGUUCCUGACAAGAGACAUUGACAAUCUAAUCAGGAUACAACAUGAAACAGCACAGGCCUACAACACUAUAGACAGGCCUAGAGUGAGUCAGGUCAAAGUUCCGUCGAGGCUGAGUCGUUGUCUAAGAGCUGGAAGUGUACGAAUGGGAAAAGGGCAUUAGCCAAACUGAGAAGACCUGAAGAGGGGACUUGGUGGAGGGCGGUCUGCCUCACAAAGCUGUGAGGCCUUACUGAGAGUUGUUUCAACAGUUCUAGAGGUCUUUUAGGGUGAACAAGCAUGAAUCCCAUAUGGAAAGUGUACAAGAGCAAAGUGCUGAAGACCCUGAACCCGGACCAAGAGGAGUACACAGAGGAAGAGGUCAAUAAUGCAGAGAUUGACAUGAGCCCUGUCCAGGAGGAUGAGGGGCCCAAUGCAGUGUCUCAGCUGGCCAAGAGAGUGCAGGGUGCUGGGGCUAAAGGCUGGAACAGAAUGUCAGCUCUCUUCAACAAAGAGGAUGAGCACCAGCUAUUGGAGGAGACUGAGAGCCCGCCUGUCCCAGACCAUCCACUAGCAGUGACGCCUGAGGAGCCGCAGAGACCGGCCAGACCCUCCGGAUUCUGGGGUAGCUUCGCCACCAACUGGAAACAAAUGGCCGCCUCAAAACAGGCUGAAGCCGCAGCAAACGAGACGGGCACGAUGGAGGAGGGUCAGGAGGCGGCAGGGGAGGGAGGUGGUGAGGGAGGGGGGGAGAGUUUCCAGGGGGAGAACACGGAGGGCGAGCAGAGUCAAGAUGGAGGAGGAGGGAGCAACACCAGCUUCUCCAGAUACGCCAUGCUUGGAGGAGGGAGCGAGAACACGCCCUUCAAGUGGAACUUUGUCACAGGCAAGCUGGCUGAGUUGAAGACCAAGAGCAUGUCUGGCCAGGAAGACUAA